ACUGUCAGGGAGGGUUUAGCUGCCCCUGGCCCACAAGUCGGUGGCCGCGUCGAUCGUCCGGCCGGCGAGGGACCACCGCGGCAGCCAUCCACCGGCGCGCCAUUCCGGAAUCACUCACACGAUUCCCUCCUCUCGCCGACCCAAAGCAUCGCAGAAUCCGCCCCAAAAAAAUCUUACUCGCAUCAGGCGAGCAUACAAAGAGCGCGUGGUCAGUGCUCCGAGGAGGGGAGGAGUAGGUGGUUGGUGGAUACAUCGAUCGAAGGGGCUCCGGCGGAGUUGGAGGCGGACCGCCAUGGCGACAGCUGCAGGAGGAGGAGGAGGACGAGCCGGAGGAUGGAAAGGAGGAGGUGGGGAGGGGGAGGCAUCGCUGGCUCGCAGGGCGUGGAGGCAGUACUUGGUACAGCUCCAGCAACACCCGCUUCGCACCAAGAUGAUCACAGCGGGGUGCCUCGCCGGCCUCAGCGACUCCGUGGCGCAGAAGCUCUCCGGGUACCAGAAGAUUGAGAAGCGCCGCCUCCUGCUCAAGAUGCUCUUUGGAUUUGCAUAUGGUGGCCCAUUUGGACAUUUCCUGCAUAAAGUGUUGGAUUAUAUCUUCAAAGGGAAGAAGGAUACCAAAACCGUGGCUAAGAAGGUGUUGCUGGAACAGCUGACGUCUUCUCCCUGGAACAAUAUGCUGUUUUUGUUCUACUAUGGAUAUGUUGUUGAGAGGAGGCCUUUGAAGGAAGUGAAGAAUAGGGUCAAGAAGCAAUAUCCUUCAGUGCAAUUGAGUGCUUGGAUGUUUUGGCCAAUAGUCGGUUGGAUCAACCAUCAGUACAUGCCGUUGCAGUUUCGGGUGAUCUUCCACAGCUUUGUUGCAUGUUGUUGGGGGAUAUUCCUCAACCUUCGCGCAAGGGCUAUGUCUUUGAAGCAAGCAUAGACAGUUUAGAACGAAACAUUAGCGCAGCUCCAUCCUGGUUGUAACCGGUCAAAGAACAAGGAUGCUGGGUGCUAUAUCCUGUACUGUUUGGCAACAAAUCUCUGUUCAAGUCAUUCAAGUAGUUCAGGAUUUCGAAUAUUUAUCCGGUAGUAUGUAGUUGGCUUACUUGAUUGUCAACGCAUGCAAGACAGUCCGAGCAUUGUAAUGGAACCAAAGUAUAUCAGCUAUGAACAAAAUUUGCCUACCAUCGAGGACCA